CAAUAACAAAUCAGUCACGUUGCCAGCUAACAGUGCCGUUUUAUGAGACACUCGGUACCACCAGUUUCGAUAAAAACCAUCGUGGAAAGUCCUGGGUUCCGAUCGUCUGCGAAUUCCGUCAGUGAUGCUCCGUGUAGUUGGCUCUGGGGCAGUUCACUAACAUUUGCAGAAUUUCAUUCCUGCAUACCACUCGCGGUGUCUUAAAAUUGUGAUUAGCUUUGGGCUACCAGUGGUGGUUGUUUGGUGCUACAGAUCAGUGCAUAGCGGAUAUUUUAUAGAAUGACCAAGAAAUAUACUUUGAAUAAAAUGGCGGAUAACGGGACAUCAAAAACAUUACCGCAAUAUGUGGCAGCAAUUUCUGUAUGUUUGGGAGCUGUCGCUGCCGGAACCGUACUGGGCUGGACGGGCAACAUAUCAGAAAAACUAAAGCAAGCAGAGUUGAACGACAUCUUCAUAGAUGAAUCCUCUUUAGGAUGGAUCGGAUCCUUCAUGAGCCUUGGAGCUAUGGUGAUGUGUUUUCCGAUAGGAAUUCUAAUCGACAUCAUCGGUAGAAAAUGGGGAUGCAUCAUGACGGUCUUUCCUUUCAGCAUAGGUUGGCUGCUCAUCAUAUUUUCUUCCAACCCCGGCAUGAUAUACGCGGGAAGAUUCUUGACGGGUCUGGCAGGAGGUGCAUUUUGUGUAGCAGCACCGCUUUAUACCAGCGAAAUUGCUCAGAAAGAUAUCCGUGGUACCUUGGGUAGUUUCUUCCAACUGCUGUUAGUGGUAGGGAUACUGAUAACCUACGUGGCAGGGGCUUGCAUGUCUCCAACAAAUGUCUCCAUACUAUGCGCUGUGAUUCCUCUGAUCUUCGUGGCCGUCUUCUUUUUUCAGCCGGAGACUCCUGUCUAUUUGAUGAAAAAAAAUAAAACAUCCGAAGCGAUAAAAUCUUUACAAAGGUUACGGGGCUCUUCUUAUAACGUUGAUAAUGAAAUCAAGGAGAUUCGUGAAGCUAUAGAAAAUGAUCAAAAGGCCAAUGUUCCUUUUUUUGUUGCACUUCGUAGUAGAGCGAGCAUCCGAGCGCUUUGUAUUUGCUUUGGUCUUAUGUUUUUCCAGCAAAUGAGUGGAGUGAAUGCGGUUAUUUUCUACCUCAGCGAUAUUUUUAAAGCAUCAGGAACGUCUUUAGAACCUUCGACUGCCAGCAUAAUUGUAGGAGUAGUACAGGUCAUUGCAACCUUUGUUUCGUCCAUGGUUGUAGAUAAAUUCGGUCGCAAAAUUUUGCUCAUCCUCUCCGCAGCCGUCAUGAUGAUUUCGGGACUUACUUUAGGAAUUUUCUUCACGCUGAAAGAUCGGGAUAUUUUGGACGAUAGCCAACUGGAGAAAAUUGGAUUUUUGCCAAUUUUGUGCCUAAUUGUAUUUAUAGCGAUGUUUUCUAUCGGGUUCGGUCCUAUCCCUUGGAUGAUUUCUUCGGAAUUGAUGCCAGAGGAAAUCAAGUCCGUCGCGGUUUCUUCGGCAGCAACUUUCAAUUGGUUUCUCUCUUUCAUCGUUACUAAGUUUAACGUGGAUUUGAGGUCUUCCAUAGGGAGCGACUCGACGUUUUAUAUUUUUGCGGUAAUUUCCUGUAUUGGUACCAUUUUUGUAUAUUCAGUCGUUCCGGAAACCAAGGGAAAAACGCUCGCCGAAGUACAAGAGCUUCUCUCAGGAACCAGAAAGGAUGAGAAGCAGGGAAUUGAUAACCCUACUUUCAAUUAAUUAUUGUUACUAAGAUGUUUGUAUGUGAUCAAUUUGAACUCAUUUGUGCUGUGUACCUGAACUGAAAUUGCAGAAGGAGGAACGAUUUACUGUUAAUUUCAUUUGUUCAACUUGCGUUCUUCUUUUUGAUUGGUACACAAGUCAUAAAGUUUAUAUGUGUUCAAAUGUUUCAAUAUAUUGUGACAGCUAAAGCUCUGUUAAGGUAGGCAGUUAUUUUAUAUUUGUAUUAUAAUUUAUUUUUUAUAUAUUAAACUGAUUAAUAAAUGGAUUUUAUUUCCAUAUGCAA